CUUUCACAUCGGUUGUUGAACAGGUGCCACCAACAUCCAACAAAAUUCCACUAGCGUUCCGGUUGAGCGAGCCACGCGAAAGGCACGAGAGCGGUGUAUAGCCACGUCUUUUCCUUCGGUCUCGCGCCCCACGCAACUUCUUCGCUGAAUUUUUUUAAUUAUUUUAUUUUUUAUUGUAGCUGCGGUUUCAUGUAUUUUACGGAAAUGGAGAUCACAAAGACACAAAUAAGUCCUUGCGCGUACCGUUUACAGAUUUCGGACAGCUUUGCGCCUCUACAGAAAGCUGCAACUCCCGGCAGCCCGGAGCGCGCGGUGCUGAAAAGGCAGCGCUGCAGCAGCCCGGAGCGCCUGAGGUGCACGCGCAGGCUGAACUUCGGAGCUCUUGGGCUCACGGUCCCUCAGCAGCAGCCAGUGGCUGUGGCCAGGCGCAACGAGCGAGAGAGGAACAGGGUGAAGCAGGUCAACAUGGGCUUCCAGAAUCUGCGCCAGCACGUGCCCAACGGCGCGGCCAACAAGAAGAUGAGCAAAGUGGAGACGCUGCGUUCGGCUGUGGAGUACAUCCGCGCGCUGCAGCGGCUUUUGGACGAGCACGACGCCGUGUCUGCUGCCUUCCGGUGCGGAGUCCCGUCUCCCACGGUCUCGAGCGCUUGCUCUGCUGGCCCAGAGUCCCCCCGCUCCGCCUGCUCCUCUGACGAGAGCGGAUACGAGCAUCUAAACUCGGAAGAACAGGAGCUGCUGGACUUCGCCGCAUGGUUCGACGGGUUCUAGUCACAGGUGUGUUUGUUCCUGUGGUGGUGCUGAAAAGAACAGCGGUUACACCAGUGUUCACUUCUGGAGCGCGCGUUAAAUCUAAACGCAACACAUGCGCGAGGAAAGUUCCGGGCGGCGCGCGCAACGCAAAAGUAACUUCCACCUGUGCUCUUUAGCCACGCGACCUCAAGCCCAAAAGCCCAGACAUCUCCUCAAUGUGAUUACCAGAACAUCUGGAGAAUAUGCGUGGCGAAUAUUGACCUUUACUCAGAGACUUUCAGCUUACAUUAUAUAUUUUUUUCGGCCAAAUGAGCGCAAAGACUUGAGAAAAAUAAAGAAGGUGCACUGCUGCAUUUUAAGAAGAAAAACAAAUCAGCUUUUUUUGGUGCUGGUAGAACUGCACGUGUGUAAACACUAAAUCUGCAUUUGUACAGGCAAAGAGUGAAUUGUAAUAGAUAUUGCAUUCACAUUACACAAGCAAUGAGGGGUUUUUUUUGUAUUUGGUUAGUGGCUUUUAUAUAAAAGUGUGCACUUGGGACUUUUCAUACAAACCUGUGUAUAUGAUUGUUUUAUAUAGAGAAUGCUUAUUUUAUGUAAAAUAAAGAUGUAAUUUAUUCAGAAACAUUUGUGUUAUUGAGUAUAUAUAACAUAUACUGUAUAUUUUACACUAUUCAGUUAGAAAUAUA